CAACAAUAUACUACAGUAAGAAGAUAAAGAAUAUUGUACCAGUAAAUCACAAUGAACAGCAAAGUGACUGUCCUCAACCUUACUCUCUUUGUACUUUAUGGGACUUCCACACAAGGAAUGAGCCUGCGCUGUCAGUGCAUCAAAACAGCUUCAACAUUCAUCCAUCCACAAUUCAUGGAGAAUAUUGAAAUCAUCCCAAGUGGGCCCCACUGUGAAAAUGUGGAAAUUAUUGUCACUCUUCAAAACAGUGAUCGAGUUUGUCUGAAUCCCAAAUCUCCAUGGGUGCACAAAAUUAUUGACAGAAUAAUGAGUCGUUCCAAGAAAACUACUAAAGAUCAAUGAGGAUAACUUCACUGCAAGAUUAUGAAGAAGCCGACAAAUAUCAUUUCAAGGACUCUGUAU